AGUCCCCACCCAAAACUGACUUUGCAAAUCCCUUCAUCCCCUCCUGCUCUUCCCACUCUCUCUCUCUCUCUCUAUCAUAUUGUCACCAACUCACACACAAAAGAAAAAGCCACUUGCAAAAGGCAAAAGCAAACUGUUUGCAGGGCCAUUUUAGUGUAUCAACCGUUGCAGCCUCUCUUAACAGUUGAGCAAGAGAAGCAGCCUUGCCCUUUCUUUUCAUUUCCAACCUUUCUUUUUCUUUAAUUUUUCCCCGCUCUUUGGAAGGGAGAUAAAAAGAUGGGUCUGCCAAAGCAGCUACUAUUCCUGGAGAAGGUGAAGGAGGACAGGGAAGGAGAGGCUUGAAAGACAAAGUGGUCAUCCCUCGGUUUCAUCCUUCAAAGAGAAAAGGAUAUUGCAAGACCUCAUGUGCAAACUGAGUGAAGUAGGAAAGGCCAUAGGCUACCUACUUGCUGCAAGUUCAAUUUUUGGAUGAAGCACGGAAGACGGGUUAGCUCAAGAAGGCCAACCUUGCAUUUACCAAGGUUAUUAUUUGUUGCAACUAUUGCAGCUGUAGGCAAACUUAAUGGCAACAGCUGCUACUUUCCACGUUUAACUCUCAUGAGAUGGAGGACUGAUCUCAAUCAGAACUUGUUUUAUUCCCUUCUGACCGGUCACCAGCUACUUUCUUUUUUUUUUUUUUUUUGAAUGAGGUCACCAGCUACUUCAGUGAUAUAAUCGCCUGGCUUACUGACGGAAGUAGUCGUUGAUGUAGGAAUUAGUUCAUCUUGCUUUAAUUUUCAUUAGUUAAUUUUCUACAGCUGAUUUGAGUUUUGAAGAAGGCUCAGGUGGAAGAUUCACUUUACCAGUGGCUUCAUUUGUUUCAUCAGCUACUUAUUCCUUAUCCUGGAAUCUAACUCCAACUUUUGGAUGGAUCUGUAUUUUUUCUUUUUGAUUUGGGGAACAUCUCAUGUGGAUAAUAACAUUUGAGCAUUGAACACUGUUACAAUUGGUUUUGUUGAUUCACUUUUUUUCAGUAAGAGAGAUCGGGUUCAAGUCUCCUGUCCUCGUGUUUUAAGAGAGAUCAGGUUUCAAGUCUCCUGUCCUUGUGUUUUAAGAGGAAAGCGCUAUGGCGACCAUACUAAGUGGCACACAGCUCAUCACUGUCCCUAUGAAGCAUAAAAUUUGGCCAAAGUCGUCGCCUUUACCUUCGCAACCGGCUUCUCUCUUCUUCUUGAAGCCAACCCUCUGCACCCCAGUCCAGCACAUCCAACAUGAGCAGGCUGAUGCAGGAAUUAUUUGUGAACCUUGCAAUGGCAAAGGAUGGUUAGUUUGCGAUUUCUGUAAUGGACAGAAGACGAAUGUUAAAGCAGAAAACAAGCGGAUUUAUCGGCGGUGUCCAACUUGCAGAGCGAUUGGAGUCGUCUUGUGUUCAAAGUGCAAGGUAUUCAAAUGUGUUACAUUCCCAAAUUCUGACGAUGGCGAAGAGUCAUCUUUGUGAGCUGCCGCCAUAUAAUUGUAUGAAGUGAAUAAUCUUGAGCUGCCGCCAUAUGAUUCUAUUGAUUAUAUUCAUUCGCUUCUUCUUAUACCUCUCCUUGUAACAUCAAGUUUUUGGUUGACUUGAGGAACUGAUGUAUACCCGUAUUUGUAUUAACCAAAUUGCAGAACAUUCUGAACUUUGAGCAUGUUGUGCCUCAUGGGUUUCACUUGUGCGAAAAUGUAAGCCUUCGAGGA